AGGAAAUGUCCAAUAAUUAGCAAACCUGAAUACUAUGUCGGUGCGGUAAUUUGCAGAAACAAGAAGUGUCGCACAAUUGAAAUGGAAUAAAUCGGAACACGUGUUACUUUUAUCACAGUCGGAGAAGAAUCUUUAUAUCUUCAAACAUGACCAAUACGGCGAACUCUUUGACGACCAUUCUGACGAUUGCAAAUCUGAUGACGUUAUGUCAGUGUCAGGACGGAAAUGACGCUAAGGGGUUGCGCACGAAGCUUUUUACUACCAAUGCAUAUGACCACAGGAUUCGGCCUACAAAUGACCAGUCCGCUGCCAUAGAUGUGUAUAUCGAAUUUUACCUUCUGGCCAUUAACGAGUUGAGCGAGACCACCGAAACGCUCAAAACCACAGGAUUCUUGUCGGUGAAUUGGAAAGACGCAUUCCUACAGUGGACCCCGAGUGAUCAUGGAGGCAUCGACCUCUACCAUUGGCUCCAGAACGAGGUUUGGAAACCGGACAUUGCGCUGAAAAACUCGUAUCUGGAUUACAAAUCGCUUGGAGUGAAUGAGCUUAACAUUGAGAACUUUCAUGAUGGUAGCAUGAAUUGGUACCCGUUUCAGGUUUUUCAGACAACAUGUUCCAUGGACAUAACGUACUUCCCUUUCGACAGGCAGACUUGCAACUUGCAGUUCCAGGCAUGGAGUUACACUAAAGACCAGGUGAAUAUGCUGAGCGGGGCAAAAGGUAUCGAGCUGUGGAAUUUCCAGGAGAACUCCGCCUGGAGUGUUGUUAACACGAGUUGGACCGUCGACGUCGAAACAUACGAGGCCACGAUAAGCUUUACGCUAACAAUAGAACGUAAACCUCUGUACUUUAUCCUGUCGGUUAUUCUACCUAUAACCAUGCUGGCCAUCUUGAAUAUUUGCGUGUUCUUGCUGCCGUGCGAGAGUGGAGAAAAGGCCAGCUACGCAAUGACGGUGUUUCUCGCGUUCGCUGUAUUUUUGACGAUCGUGUCCUCCACUCUGCCGCAGAAUUCCGACUCAGUCGCGAUAAUUUCAGUGUUUCUCAUAGUUCAGACAGUCACUAGUACUUUGAUAACAUUCAUUGCCCUAGGUAUGUUGCGACUAAAUAGCUUCGGGGAGGAGGUGAAGGUUCCUCGGUGGUUUGCUUCAGUUAUGCGAGUUUUUAAGUGUCGUACCUGUCGGCGAACUAGUGUUGAAGUUGCGCCAAUCGAAUGCCCUAACGAAGAGGUGAAAACAGGCUUUGAUAAGAAAGUUUUACAUAACAAUGAUCAGGAACUAGUUGAACCAGAGUUUACCUGGAAAGAAGUUGUAAACUUUCUAGAUGUGGUAUUGUUUGUGUUUUUUACAAGUGUUUUGUUACUAUCUGCCGUUAUCACUUUUACAUUGGCGUCAAGUAACUAGAUCACAACAACCAAAUUCACAAAGUAGACUAGCGAUUAUUCGAUGACUUACUCGAAAGCUCGAGAUAUCCAACGUUUCGAAAAAUCGCCAGUCUGAUGGAAUAUCCAAUUAUGAAGGUGUUUACGAA